AUGCCGGCCAACAACCAAAGACCGGCUACCCAAACUCCGGUAUCGCCACGAAACACUGCGAAAUACACCAACAAGGACGGUUCAAAGUUCAUCACCGUCCCCAAGGGAACACCAUCCGAGUCGUCGCUGCCCCCGACCCCCACAAGCGCCAAACCCAAUGGACCCCCACUAGACGUUUCCAAUGUCGACGAUGGACCUGCUCCUGCCAUCAACCGCAAGAAACAGAAGCGCAGACAAAAAGCUGCCGCGAAAGCCGCUGCCCAACAAGCUGCCAACGGACACAACGACCAUGCGUCCGGACGAAGCACUGCUGGGAGUUCCUUGCCAGGCCGCGGCCCCGCUGACCAUGAAGAAGUCGAAAGCGAUGACGAGAAUGAGUACAUCCUAGCAAGCGAAUUGACAGAGCCGACUACGAAUGGCCACCUACCUUCGGACUCUAGAUCUAAGAAGAAUCGAAAGAAGAAGAAGAAGGGGACAAAUGCCGACCCCACAUCGCCAAUUCCGGAAGCUCUCGAGCAUGAGCCGCAGCCCAACUUGUCGCAAGGCGCUGGUAUGUCACGCGAUAAGAUAUGGAGUACGAGCAACCAAGAAGAGCGUGAACGCAUAAAAGCAUUCUGGCUUGGACUGGGCGAAGAUGAGCGGAAAUCGUUGGUCAAGGUGGAGAAGGACGCUGUUCUCAAAAAGAUGAAGGAACAACAGAAACAUACUUGCAGCUGCACUGUGUGUGGAAGAAAGCGGACUGCGAUUGAGGAGGAAUUGGAGGGUCUUUACGAUGCCUACUACCUGGAGCUCGAACAAUUCGCAAAUCAAGGCGAAGGACCACCGAUGCUGCCGUCAGCCCGGGAUUUCGCUCUAAGACGAGGACUACCUUCGAGUUAUACAAACCGACCCCCAUCACGAGGCCGAAUAGUGGAACAAUUGGGAGACGAGGAAGAUGACGAGGAGGACGACGAACUGGAAGAGGUCUACAGUGAAGACGAAGUGGAGGAUGACGAUUACAGCGACGACGAACCUCCCGAAGAAUAUCAAACCUCACACGAGCGAGACGUCGCCGAUUUCUUGACGUUUGGCAACAGCCUGCAAGUCAAGGGUACGCAGCUCCUAGAAUCACUCCUCCGCAGAUAUGGUAACAUGGACUUAGGUGGUAUUCUCACCGUGGCGGAUGACCUUCUUAAAAACGACGGCAAGCGGUUUAUCGAAAUGAUGGAACAGCUUGCGGAACGUCGGAUGGCAAGAGAGGAAGACGCUCGCGAACACUUUUCACGAGGCUACGGUCACCCCAAUGGCUCAUACUCCAACAACCCUCAUAAUCACCCCCCUCCUGAAGAAGACGAGUACGACGAGGAAGAGGACGAGGAAGAAGAUUAUGAUGAUAGCCAGGACGAGGAGUAUGAGGAGGAAGAGGUAUACUCAAACCCCUCUGUGAUGCCAUCCCAGUCCCAUACUGAGUGUUGCUGCCAGGACCAAAUGACAGAGGAGCAACGAAUGGAGGAAGGUCGCCGCAUGUUCCAGAUAUUCGCCGCUCGCAUGUUUGAACAACGGGUUCUCUCCGCCUAUAAGGAAAAGGUCGCCAAGGAACGUCAGCAAAGGCUUCUGGAAGAGAUUGAGGCAGAGGACCGAGAGUCUGAGCUCAAGAAAGCCAAGAAAGCCAAGGACGCGCAGAAGAAGAAGGACAAGGCUGCUCAAAAGAAGCAAGCAUUGGCCGAGGAGAAAGCGCGGAAAGAAGCCGAGAAGGCGGCAGCAGAUGCUGCACGGUUGGAAGCCGAGAGGCAACGGGUUGCUGAACAGAAAGCCAGGGCCGAAGAGAAACGAAAGCAGAAAGAAGCGCAGAAGAAGGCCGAGGAAGAGGCACGACUACGGAAAGAGGCAGAGCGACAACGACGACUCCACGAGCAACGCGAGAAGCAAGCCGAACAAGAACGCAAGGCUCGAGAAACCAAGGAGAAGGAGAAGAAGCUCAAGGAAGAACAGCGACAAAGAGAUAAGGAGGCUCGAGAGCAAAAGGAGCGUGAGGCUCAAGAGCGUAAGGAUAAACAAGAGCGCGACAAGAGGGAUAAGGAAGCCCGUGCCGCCAAGGCCCAGAAGGAUGCUCAAGCGGCUCGCGAGGCUAAAGAAAAGUUGAGAGAGGAGAAGGCAGCUGCUCAAAAAGCAGCGAGUCACCCAUCUCAACCCAUUCAAAUUCCGAAGCGCCCAUCACAGCAUUCAGCACCCAUACCUACCGUACUUCCACAAAAUGCCUCGAACCCAGCAAGCUACGCAUCGCCAAAGAUACCAGUUGUAACUCCCGUGCUAUCCAAGGCACCAACACCGAUUCGGCCCCGAACCACGUCUCAACAGCAAGACGUGGCGUUACCGUCAACCACAGUUUCAGCUAAUAGUCAAGACCCCUCACCCCACUCGAUGACGCCUCAGAGUCCUGGCCCAAUUGGCCAGCACCAUGGAAGCGCAAGUACGCAGCAUUCUCACUCGGUUUCGCCUACAAACGGACACUCAAGGAUGCUUGGACACUCUCCUUUCCAGAUACCUCCGAUGGGAAUGCAACCGCCCCCAGGAUUAGCCCAUCACCCACCCCCACCAGGUUUCGCAAACCGCAUGCCUCACGAAGCUAUCUUUUCAGGUUUUAGGCAUAGUCCUGGGGCUAUGAUGCCUCCUCCCGGCAUCAACGGGCCACCUGGCCGCGGAUUCUCUGUUCCUCUGCCCCCAGGGUUUACGCAGCCCAUUGGUGACCAGUUUGAUAUGGGUGGGUUCCCGAUGCCCACAGACCUCCCUCCACCAACGCAUCAUCGCCAAAGUUCACUGCAGUUCGACACGCCUUUGACUCCAUCACAGCCUAUAGGACGACCUGCACCUAUUGGGCGUCCUGGAAGCCUCAGCCAAAGCCGUGCAUCUGACGACCAGGACGAUGAGACUGCUCAUCUAGGUAGUCGAGCUCUUUUAGAGGACGAUGAGCCUCUCGCAGCUGAGGUCAACCCAGGCAGCCUACGAAACCAGCCUCCAGGGCCACGCGGUGACUUCACCACAAGUCCCUUUUUGCCUUCAGCGUUCCCUCUGGCGCACAACCCCUGGGGUCCUCCUGCUGUUGGGGGACAUCCUCUGCCUCCCCCCGGAUUCAACAACCCCGGAUGGGGUGCACCAAGUGUGCCUCCAGGCUUCGGCAUGACAUCUCCUAUUGCUGGAAUGAGCUCUAUUCGAGCCCCUGCGCAGCCCAGGUAUGUGACCGUCCGGGCGAUGCUCUGCCAGGCUUGCAAGGAAUUGGCUAGCUCUGGAGACCCGGAAGGUUACAUCGAUAUCGCAAGCCUCAAGUCGAGGAUUGAUGCAAUGUCAGGCGACCACAGCAUCUCUGAACUCGACUUGUUGAACCUUUGUGAGACGGAGGGAAGUCCGUCUAACGGAGGUGGCACGUUCGAUAUCCGACGUGAUGCAGGAGGUCCAGGCAAACAUACUGUUCGAUGGGAACCUGAUCUGAGUGACGGAUUUGGUACACCGUACAGAGCAGUUGGUGCUCCAGGUGAGAUUGGAAGUCCUUUGGUAGGCCACGCAGCUCUUCGCGGGGGAUUGUAG